AUGCCAGAACAAGCAGUUGCUGUUGCUGGAGGUGUUAUAGGAGGGAUCCUUUUAUUUGUUCUCAUGGGAAUAACUGCAUACCUGCUCCGGAAGAAAUUUUGCUGCCUCCUUCCUUACGAAAAGUUCACCAGCCCUGUCAAAACAACAAAUGUAAAUGCCAUUUUUCAGGACCAGACAACUUCUGAAAUUCAACUAAAAAGCACAAGAUCCAGAAGCGUUCCAUUCAUCAUUCCACCAACACUGCAUGGGCGAGACUGGAUUAACCUGACUAACGAAGAACACGUUCAGGAAGACAGUGACCCCCACAUGAUUCCUCAGUCUGGGCCACGGUCAUCAUUUCAUUCUUUGGCUGGAGCUUACGUUGUAGGGACCAUUAACCCUGAGCUGUACAAGUUUCCUGAAGACAGAAGUGAGACGGAUUUUCCUGAAGGCAACAUUGGGCGCCUCUGGUUCUCCAUAGAAUAUGAGCAAGAGUCAGAAAGGCUCCUCGUCUCCUUGAUCAAAGUCAGAAAGCUGCAGCCUCCUGCUGAGUCCUGCUGUCUGUUUGUGAAAAUCUACUUGCUGCCUGAUGAGAGAAGCUACUUGCAGUCCAAAACAAAACACAAAACCCUUAACCCACAGUUUGAUGAAAACUUUGUUUUUCAGGUUUCCAGUAAAAUGUUGCUCCAAAGGACUCUGAAAUUUUUGGUUUAUCAUGUUGAUAAACAGAAAAAGCAUCAUCUCCUAGGUCAAGUUAUCUUCCCACUGAAAAAUGAAACAUUAAUGGAUGACAACAAACUAAUCAUAUGGAGAGAUCUGGAGAAAGAAAACUUGGAGCCUCCCUCAGAGUACGGGGAUAUCCAGUUCUCCCUCAGCUACAACGACUGCCUGGGUCGUCUCACUGUAGUGGUUCUGAGGGCCAGAGGAUUAAAGCUCCAGGAGGAGAGCCAUGCUGUCAGUGUCUAUGUCAAGGUCUCACUGAUGAACCAUAAUCAAUUCAUCAAAAGUAAAAAGACAGCAGCUGUUCUGGGAUCUCCCAACCCAGUGUAUAAUGAAACCUUCAGUUUCAAGGCAGAUCAGAUGGAGCUGGAUACAGCAAGCCUGAGCCUAUCUGUGCUCCAGAGUAUCAAUGGAGAAAAAACACAGCUACUAGGACGUGUGGUAGUUGGGCCUUUCAUGUACACCCGCGGCAAAGAACUGGAACACUGGAACGAAAUGAUCAGCAAGCCUAAGGAGUUGGUCAAACAAUGGCAUGCUCUCUGCCACAGCACAUAA